AUGACUUCUAGACUCGUGCUAUGCUUGGGCGACCUCUUCAUUCCGGACCGCGCAAAUUUCAAGAAACUUCUCACACCGGGCAAGAUUGGCCAGAUCCUCUGUCUAGGCAACCUCACAUCACCAAGCGUCUACACCUUCCUCCGAAACCUCGCACCCGACCUCCAGCUCGUCAAGGGAGACUUUGACAUUUCGCUAUCAACUCCUGCUCCUCCCAAUCCCAACGCCGCAUAUGCUGCUCCCACCGAUCAGGUCCCUGUACCUACUGCCCUCUCAAAAGUUGUCACACAUGGCGGUCUGCGCAUUGGCUUCACACACGGUCACACCAUCGUCCCACCCGGCGACCCGGACAGCUUGUUGAUAGCCGCAAGACAAAUGGACGUCGACGUCUUGUGCUGGGGCGGUACCUGCAAAUUCGAAGCCUACGAGAUGGAGGGCAAGUUCUUCGUCAACCCGGGCAGCGCAACCGGAGCCGUCAGUUGGUCACCAGAUGCCGAGCUUGACUCGGAGGGAGAAGCCGUCUCAACGCCCAGCUUUGUGCUUAUGGAUGUGAGUCGCCACGCUUCGUGGGCUAACCUAGUCGACCUUUCUGAUCAUCCCGAGCAGGUCCAAGGAGACGUCCUCGUCCUCUACGUUUACCAGCUGAGAAAGGACCAGAAUGGUGUCGAGAACGUGGCCGUGGAAAAGGUCUCGUACAGGAAAAACGCCUCUUCAUAG